AUGAUGUUAUACGCUGUAUACACCAUAUGGUGUGAUAACAUAAAGCUGGCCAUCAAUACAAUACAUACUAGUGAUGAUCACAACCCGCGGACGGCGGGACUGUUGGGUCAAAAAUUGGCAAAAUUUCAUUCAUUAAAACCGCCGAUUCCGAAGGACAGCACCGAAGGGACCGUCAAUUUUGACCAAUGGUUUGAUGAGAAUCAGAGACAAUCAUUACGUGAGGGAUGGGUGAGGGAAGAGAUUGUGACCAAUCAGUUGAACACAUUCCUGGCUCGGGAUCUGUUGGCGGAGAUGUCUUGGCUCAGGCAUCAGGUGCUGGCCAUCAAGAGUCCGGUGCUCUUCUCGCACAAUGACUUUAAUCGCACCAAUAUUUUGAUCCGUGAUUUGAAUCCGGAUAACAAUCAGUUGGAUAUCUAUUUUGUUGAUUUUGAUUUUAGUAGUUAUAACUACAGGGGCUGUGAUUUUGGCAAUUAUUUCAGCACUUGGGCUUCAGAUAGUGCCGAGUUUGGGGUCGACUCCCGGUUCCCUACAGAUCGCCAGAUGUGGCCCUUUAUUGAUGGCUAUAUCCGUGAAAUGACAGCAAUUAAUGGCAACUCUUUUACACAAUUGGAGAUCAAUUCGUUCCAAAGACUUAUAAAGGAGGCGAAAAGAACAGUUAACGGUUCCGAUGAUAGCACUGAACUUAUGAAAAAGGCUGAGAUUCGGUUUAAAUGCUACACUCGUCUCAAGGAUCGCAUAGUUAUUGUUUCAGCGGAAGAUCGGCUCAAUGUAUACGAGUUGUGCAAAACAUAUUUAGGCGGCGAAUGGGCCGACGUUCGCGCCGACGAUCUGGUCAUUAAACCCGCGAAGGGUGGAUUUAUUAACAAGUUACUUUACUGUUCUCUACCGGACACUAUGUCAGCAAAAUAUUUAAAAGUAGUGGUCAAAUACCAUGGUAAUGUGAUGGCGGUUGCCGGUUCACACUAUUUCAACGCCAGCGAUGAUCUGAACCCCAAAACUGUCGCACUAUUGGCCCAAAAGUUGGCAAAAUUGCAUUCACUAAAUAUGCCGAUACCUAAAGACAGGACCGAAAUCUAUAUGCGAAUGAUAUUUGAAGAGUGGCUCAAAGAACCAGAUAUUGAAUCCCUGAGACACGGGUUAGUCCGGCAGGAGAUCCAGAAGAAUAACCUCAAGACAUUGAUGUCUACGGAUUUUGUGGCAGAGAUGGCUUGGGUUAGGAAAGUGAUGGUCAGUCUCAACAGUCCAGUAGUUUUCUCCCAUAACGAUCUCAAUCGCCGUAAUAUUUUGGUCACUAAUAAUAAUAAUAAUGUCGACGUUUACAUAAUUGAUUUUGAUUGGAGCUGCUAUAUGUAUAGGGGCGCUGACCUGGGUGAUUAUUUUGUUAAUUGGUGUCAACAAGACUAUGGCCCUGAAGUUUUCCCGACUGAUGACCAGAUGCUGGUCUUCAUCGACGCCUAUAUCCGAGAAUUGACAGCAAUUAAUGGCAACUCUUUUACACAAUUGGAGAUCAAUUCACAACAAAGGCUUAUAAAUAUAGCUCCAAAAGCCGAGAACCGCAUUAAAGUCUACAAAGAAUUAAAAAAUCCGGAAGAUCGGCUCAAUGUAUACGAGUUGUGCAAAACAUAUUUAGGCGGCGAAUGGACCGACGUUUGCGCCGACAAUCUGGUCAUCAAACCCGCAACGUUAUCACACUAUUUCAACGCCAGCGAUGAUCUGAAUCCCAAAACUGUCGCACUAUUGGCCCAAAAGUUGGCAAAAUUGCAUUCACUAGAUAUGCCGAUACCUAAAGACAAGGCCGAAGAAUAUAUGAGCUUUUUAUUUGACGAUUGGCUCAAAAAAUCAGACAUUGAAUCCCUGAGACACGGGUUAGUCCGGCAGGAGAUCCAGAAGAAUAACCUCUUCCUUGACUACAGAUGA